AGCUCUAUUUACGAGAGCCGGGGCUGGAGCCCGCGCUGCUGCAGACCAGACCUGAGCUGUUCCCCGGGCUGCUGCGGCCGCUGCCAAUUUGCUGCGCACAGAGAGCCAUCUUGAUUCCAGAGAGCCGCCGCCAUGUCCCACUCGUACCCAGCACUCUCUCCCGAGCAGAAGAAGGAGUUGUCAGACAUUGCCCUGCAGAUUGUGGCACCAGGCAAAGGCAUUCUCGCUGCAGAUGAGUCAGUGGGGAGCAUGGCUAAGCGGCUGAGCCAAAUUGGGGUGGAGAACACCGAGGAGAACCGCCGGCAGUACCGCCAGGUGCUGUUCAGUGCCGACAACCGAGUGAAGAAGUGCAUUGGAGGCGUCAUCUUCUUCCAUGAGACGCUCUACCAGAAAGAUGACAAUGGCGUCCCCUUUGUCCGUACGAUCCAGGACAAGGGCAUCGUCGUGGGCAUCAAGGUUGACAAGGGUGUGGUGCCUCUAGCCGGGACUGAUGGAGAAACCACCACUCAGGGGCUGGAUGGACUCUCAGAACGCUGUGCCCAAUACAAGAAGGAUGGUGCCAACUUUGCCAAAUGGCGCUGUGUGCUGAAAAUCAGCGAGCGCACCCCCUCAUCACUUGCCAUUCUGGAGAAUGCGAACGUGCUGGCCCGCUAUGCCAGCAUCUGCCAGCAGAAUGGAAUUGUGCCGAUUGUGGAACCUGAAAUCCUGCCUGAUGGAGACCACGACCUCAAGCGUUGCCAGUAUGUCACAGAGAAGGUCCUGGCUGCGGUGUACAAAGCCCUGAGCGACCAUCAUGUUUACCUGGAAGGAACCCUGUUGAAGCCCAACAUGGUGACCCCUGGCCAUGCCUGUCCCAUCAAGUAUAGCCCAGAGGAGAUUGCCAUGGCAACGGUCACUGCCCUGCGUCGUACUGUGCCCCCCGCCGUCCCAGGUGUGACCUUCCUGUCCGGGGGUCAGAGUGAAGAGGAGGCAUCGCUCAACCUGAAUGCCGUCAAUCGCUGCCCGCUUCCCCGGCCCUGGGCUCUCACCUUCUCCUUUGGGCGUGCCCUGCAGGCCUCUGCACUCAAUACUUGGCGAGGGCAGCAAGACAAUGCUAGAGCCGCCACUGAGGAAUUCAUCAAGCGGGCUGAGGUGAAUGGCCUCGCAGCCCAGGGCAAGUACGAAGGCAGUGGCGAAGACGGUGGAGCGGCAGCACAGUCCCUCUACAUUGCCAAUCAUGCCUACUGAGCACCCAGCCCAGCCCACCCCACCCCGCGCCACAGCCCUUGACCUGGUCUCCUGCACCCAAUCUUGCCUGUAGUUAUGACCCAGGCCAAACAGCCAUGAAGAACCAAGGUCUCCUUCUCUUCCCUUCCCCCUCCCAUUGCUGCUUCUGGGACCAUAGGAUGGGAGAUUCCGGAGCCUCUGAGGCUGAGGGCAGGAGGACGGGCUAGAAGUCAGAGCAGAAAUGCCUGGGUCUUCGUGUGCUCCUGUAAACCCCCCUGCAACUUCCCCUCAAUGAUGUAGCUUCUCCUUGGACUCGCCUUCUCAUCUGUCUUCUCUUCUGGGACCAGAGGGCUGGACACAGCCCUGAUUUAUGCCCCGAGUGCAUAUCACAUAGCAAAAUAAAUGGUAGCAAACAUCCUA